AUGGUGGACCGGAUGCGCAGCUGGCUUCGCAGCAUCGAUCCGGGUGGAGGCUUGGAUGCGUACGCGCGCGGCCUGGGCACCUUCAGCUCACCGGCAGAGGUUCAAGCGGUGUACUCCACAUGGCAUUCGCUGGAUGCGCAGUUCUUCGAAGACUUUCAUAUUCAUGACUUGCGGCAUCAAAAAAUGUUUCGCCGGUGGUUCGAGGCACAGUUCACGGAGUCCCAAAGCAAGGACCGAGGCACUACAUCCACGGCGAACUGGUCGGGCUUCCAGUCUGACGCAACGGCAGCAGGUACCUGGAGUUCAGGUUCAUCCUGGUGGGACUCGAGCUGGGCAGGCCGUGGGCGGUGGACCUGGAGUGACUGGGAUGGAAUGCAGACCCGGACUCGCGAAGGCCAGGGCGAAGACCCCCGCAACUCGGAGGAUGUUCGCUGGCUAAAGUCUGCAACCAGGGCACCUGCAACCACCGCAGAGAAGACAGCAAGGUCUCGCAGCGAUGCUCGACGAGAGGCGCCGCGAUCUCCCAGGACUGUGAGCGCAUCCAGCCGAGGUCAGGCAUGCCAGGUGCCUCCCCGGGCACCGAGCGAGCCGGAGCUCAAGGCUCAAGGGCCUCUGGCAGCCUGGCUCCGCAGCCUGGGAGCCGAGCGCUAUCAGGCAGCCUUGGAGGGCUUCUUUGACGAUCCGGAGCAGGUGUUUCUGGCAUACACCACACCUGCGACGAUUGGGGAGCCGCACUUUGAUCGGAGCUUCUUCGUCGAAGUUGGUGUCGCAGAUGAGGGCCAUCAGCGUGCCUUCGAGCGGUGGUUUAUGGAAAAGCUCCAAAAGGCACAUGUUCCAUCCUCGGCAAGAACAUCACCAGGUCGUACGCCAGCCGAAGCCCGCCUGACCACAGAGGGUUCGAUGGGCAGGUCGGACCCCGACGCCAAGAGCAGAAGCAUUGGCCGGAGAGCUCCUAGGCGCAGCCACGAGCUUCCCGGAAGGGUGUUGUUGGCCAGGAGGCCGGCACCAUCGCAAUCACAGGAAGCCGCCUGGGUUCGCUCUGCAGAGCUAGUCUUGGACAGCAAUGCCAGCAGCAGCGACACUGCUCCAGCGGCUUUGCCACCCAAGUCACAGCCGGACAAGCAAGUGGCUCCGCCAGAGCAGGUGCGACACCAGUACGAGAAACAGAAGCAGCCUCACCAGCCAAAACAGCAGCAGCUCAAGCAACAGGGCCAGCCAAAUCCACGGGGACACCGGCAUCAAAAGCAGCCCCUGCAUCAGGAGAAGCAGUCUGUACCUGUGAUGGGACGCCACCAAAGUCAACCGAAGGACACCUCCUUCCAGGAGCCGAAGCUCCGGGAGCCGAGCCCUCCACACAAGGCAACGCAGGAUACGCAGGCCGGGCCCCACAGACCCCGGAAGCCAGAUGACGCCGCGAGCGAAGCUCGCGAAGCCGCUGGCGGAGCCGCUGGCGGAGCCGCUGGCGGAGCCGCAGGCGGAGCCGCAGUUCGCGAAGCUCAGAGCCCGUUGAAGCCGAGGACCUUUGAGACGACGGCGCAGUCGGCCGGGUCAACAGUGUCGGCAGCCCAGGUGGCCAAGGAGGACAGAGUGCAAGGGGUGCAAGAACAGCAGCAGAGACGAGACAAUGGCGCGAACGCCGAAAACGGUGAGCAGCCACAGAUCGCCAAGCCAGCACCUCAGAAGGCUCCGACUGCAUCGCAAGAGGCCUCCGCUGCCACAUCAACUCGCGACUCGUCAUCUGGCCAGGAGGCCAACUCCAAGGGCGACCGAGCCUCCAAGCUCCGCGCAGCGCGUGAGGCUGCAGCGAGCUUGCCGGAAAGAGAUUCAAGGCAGCAUGUUGCCGUCACGCUGCUUGGACAGAGUGGUUCUGGAAAGUCCACGCUGUUCGCAACCUUGCUCCGCUCGUGUGGCACCUGGGACCAGCGCAGCGUCGACAAGUUCUUCAAGGCACCCGUACAGCCUAGUGAGCUGCUCACGGAAUGCUGCUCCACACCAGGCCGCCGCUUCACUUUGUUGGACCUGCCCGCGCGGGGCAGCAUGUCGCAGGCGUGGAGAGCGCUCUGCCAAUCUGAUGCCACUGUCCUGGUUGUGUCCGCCAAAGCAGCGGAGCUGGACUCGAGCAUCGCACGUGGAGGGCAGCUGCAGGAGCAUUGCCUUCUGGCAAAGUGCCUUGGCAUGACAUCCUUGGUCAUUGCUGUGAACAAGCUCGGGGACGGCAAGGCCCCAUGGAGCAACGAGCGGUUUGACGAAGUGAAAGCGAAAACCACCGCUGCACUUGGAGAAGUGGGCUUUUCACCGGGCAGUCUUCACUUCGUCCCCAUUUGUGCUCGCAACGGCACGAAUGUCAAGCUGGAGGAUUCCAUGUCAUGCAGCGCGUGUGACGGAUGGUAUUCUGAAGGUUCGCUUCUGGAGCUACUCGAGACUUGUCCGGUGUCCGUCAGGCGAGAAGCUGCCGAUCAUGGCCCGCUGCGUGUGAGUGUGCUGGGCUGCGAGAAGCAAGGCAACGCCUCAUUUGCCCUCUGCCGCAUAGAGACAGGAGACUUGGAGGUCGGCUCGAUUGUCCAGCACGCGCCGUCUGGUCAAGAGUGCAGCGUCCUUGGCAUCCACGCAUGGGGACACGAUCUUCGACGCGCCGAGCCGGGCGAUUUGGCACGGUUGAAGCUGUUGGGGCUGCAGCCUUCAUCCGGACAUGUCCUUAGCGAGGACUCGCUGCGCUGCGCGGCGAAGUUCAAGGCGCAGGUCCGCCUUGUGGACACCUGCCGCGAGACUCCUGUGGUGAGUCAGGGCUUCAAGUGCAUGUUGCAUCUCCACCAUGUCACCGAGGAGUGCGAGGUCUCCAAAGUCCUGGAGGCAGAGGACCUUCGGACGAGCAAGAAGGAGGCCGCUCCGAAGGUGAUACGGGCACCUGCAAUGGCCAUCUGCGUUCUGCAGAUCUGCUCGGGCAGGGAGGUGCCCCUUGAAGCUGGUGGUGGGCUUCUUGGGCAGCUUGCCCUGCGCAGUGAUGGAGGCACGAUUGCCGUGGGCAGCAUCACUGAAUUGCCCAAGAGAUGA